AUGGCCGGACCGAGCAAGAAGCCGCGUCAGUCCGGCGCCGGCCUGGCGGGUCUCGCCGCGCGCCUCACAAGGCGCCUAGCCGACGAGAACCCGCGCGCCAACCUCGUCUUCUCCCCGCUGUCCAUCUACGCGGCCGUCUCGCUCCUGGCGCCCGGCGCUCGGGGAGACACCCUGGCCGAGAUCCUCUGGCUCCUGGGCGCCCGGUCUCGCGACGAGCUCGAGGAAUCCAUCUCUACCAUGGUGGCCGACGCGCUGAAGGACCGAUCCGGUUCCGGCGGGCCGAGCGUCGCGUUCGCGUGCGGCGUGUGGAACGACAGGACGCGCCCUCUGAAGCCGGCGUACCGCGAGGCCGUCGUCGGCACGUACAUGGCGGAGGCGCGCUCGGCGGACUUCCACGAGAACGCGGGGGAGGCUGCGGAGCAGAUCAACGCAUGGGUCGCGGAGGUCACGAGGAACCUCAUCGAUAACAUCGUCUCCUCCAAGUCCUUUGACACCGAGACCGACGCCGUGCUCGCCAAUGCCAUAUACUUCAGAGGGAAGUGGGACUUGCCGUUCUACGAGCGGAGCACGACGGACAGGCCGUUCCACCUGCUCGACGGCGCUACCGUCGACGCGCCCUUCAUGUGCAACUCGGACCGCCACUUCGUUGCCGUGUACGACGGGUUCAAGGUGCUCAAGCUGCAGUACAAGAUGCAACAACAACAAAGAGACCCUUGGUCGUCGACGGCCAGCUUGAAGAAAGACCCGCAGUACUCCAUGUGCAUCUUCCUACCGGACACGUACGAUGGCUUGCGCACCCUCCUCCACGAGAUAACGUCCCGGCCAGGGUUCGUGCACGACCACAUGCCGUCUAGCAAGGUCAAGGUCUGCCAUUUCGGGGUUCCCAAGUUCAAGCUUGAGUUCCUCAGCAACGUCACCCAAAUUCUCAAAGACUUGGGACUUGUGCUGCCGUUCUGCAUGGGUGCCGACCUGUCGGACAUGAUGGAGGCCGACCGCAGCGGUUUGCCCUUGGUGGUGCAAGACGUCUUCCACAAGGCUGUUGUUGAGGUCAACGAGGAAGGCACCGUAGCUGCGGCUGUCACCAUCAUGCGGAUCGCUCCUGGAUGUGCGCCGGGGAUGAUGCGGGAGCCGACGGUGGAUUUUGUUGCCGACCAUCCGUUUGCGUAUUUCAUUGUCGAAGAGACUUCGGGGGCGAUCCUCUUUGCAGGGCAUGUCGUGGAUCCUACCGAUGGCAAAGCCGAGGAGAGGGCAGACAAGAACAUGAUAUGCAAUUCUAUCCCCACCUGCACCCAGCCGGCGCCUCUCUCCCCACCUGACCUCUCCCUGCAGCGCCGCCCCUCCACCCUCCCUCCCCCUCUCCUCCCUCCCCAUCCGAUCUUCGCCCCGGGUCAUCUCACGCGAGGCGGCUCCGGGCGACGACCCAAACCCUAG